AGCCAAGGGCAUGCAUACGCUGGGCUCCUUGCCUUGGCCGUAGCCGUAGUCAAGCUUGGGUCAACCUAACCUGACCCCGCGCAAACACGGCCUUCGAAAUUGGCUGUUGUUACUGAUAAGCAGCCAUCCCUAGAGCGUUAAAUUGCACACAACGUAUAAGUUAGAACACAAAUUAUUAUAAUAGGUAAAUAUUGUUUCUUAUGAUUUCUGUAAACUCUUUGUAAUAGUUCAGCCAACAGAAUUUACUUUUUUUAUUACCACAUUUGGCGGCUACAUAGAGAUAGAGCAAGCAACUAUGACAGCCUGCAUUCCUUUGUGAAACGUUUAUAAAGAGAGCGCACAUCAGUCGAAUGCACGUGAGUAGAUAAACUUUUGAUAGUAUGUCGCACAUACUGAUUAAAUGGGUGGCGGAGGAGAAAUGGGACGUGUAUCCCGUCCGCGCACUAGCUGACGCCGAUGUCGGCUUCAGGCUGGUGGCCCAGGAGGGCGCCAUAAAGAAGUUGAGAGGGAGUACGCAGCCCGUGUACUGGAAGGAAGGGGAAGCAGCGGCCCCGGCAAUCCUUCUGAACUGCGGGAGCCCGAAAGCCCUCGAAAAGAAGCGUUCGCGGCUUGUCGCCAACGCAGGGGCCCUAACUGCAACGACAGAAGGGGACGAACAUAAAGCCCACAAUGCAGCUUGCGGCACUUGUGGCGACAGAGUGCGCCAGCUGGAGGCGGAAAAUGAAGCCCUACGGGCAGAAGUGGAAAGCCUCAAGAGGCUUCAGGAAGGGCAUGACUAUGUGACUGGUAAGCACCUUAAGGCAGCAGCCAUAUACUUACUCAUUCUUCAGUUUAUUUAUGAUUCCCUCAAUGCACAUAAAGUACACGCAGGUCAACACUACGUGUUGAACUAG